CAAUGAAAGAAAAGGUAAUAGUAAAACGAAAACAAGCGUCCAUUUUCUUUCUCCUGUAGCUUCUGUAUCUUGAGUCAGUUUUUAAAAGAAAUCUAAUUAUAAUUCAUAAAUGGCGAAGACAUAAAGCCAUCCUAGAGUUUGAAGAAGUACAUUGUAGGUAACAAUAUCUGCAUGUUGCGCUCGUGACAAGAACCAGAUGAUGAUUGAUCACAUGAAGAUUUCCCGCGAUCCUAUCAUGACAAGGUCUAUUACCAAACAUUCGUAACACGACGCUGCCUCAGCAUUGCGUCUGAUAAGACCAGUUCUCUGACGGUCUUUUCUGGUCUUUUUGUUGUGUCUGUAAAUCUUUGAAGGACAUGGUUCGAGCCAAUACUUUGGCCACCCAGGAGGGUGUAAAGACCCCUCAUCGCAUUGAGUUAUGUGAGCACCAGCCUGUCAGACCUACCCGCACCUAUAGAAAGCGCAGGAUCAUAGCUGCCACACCCACUAAGACUGAGAAUGUAGAAGUGAAAUCUGAACCAAAAAUAAAGAAAACUGAUGUUAAAUCUAAACCACUGAAAAAUUGUAACGGGUUCACGAACAUGACCAACGGACUCAGUGUGCGUUCCCGAGCAGCUCGGGCCGCCGCCCGUGCCGCAGAAAGCCACAAACUAACAGAAUAUUUUAAGGAAGAACUCAAGAGUCCUAAGGUGGAACGUCCACCAACACCCAAAGAUAUAGAAAAGACUGUCAAAGUAGAACCUAAAAUCACAAAUGGAGAUUCAAAUCAUAAGCUAACGGAGUAUUUCCCUGUGAGACGCAGUGUAAGGAAGACUUCAAAAUGUGUGAUGGCAGAGAAGAUGAGAGAUUUGGAACGGGCUGUGAGAGAACAGAGAGAAGAUGGGCUGGCGGUGGCAUAUUUCGAAGGCAAAGGGCGCGGUAUAAUCGCGACGCGGCCCUUCUGCCGCGGCAGUUUCGUGGUGGAGUACUCGGGGGAGCUGGUGGGCGUGCAGGAGGCCCGCGAGCGCGAGCACAUGUACGCGCAGGACCCGGAGGCCGGCUGCUAUAUGUACUACUUCAGACUGCAGGACCAACAGUAUUGUAUCGACGCAACAGCAGAAUCCGGCCGCCUCGGUCGCCUAGUGAACCACUCGCGCACCGGCAACCUGCACACGAAGGCGCUGUGGGUGGACCGGCCGCGGCUGGUGCUGCUGGCCGCGCAGGACAUCGCGCCCGGCGAGGAGCUCACCUACGACUACGGCGACCGCUCCAAGGAGUCGCUGCAGCACCACCCCUGGCUCGCGCUCUGACGUGUGACCGGUAUGUUUCCAGAAAUCUCCGGUGGACUACUGAACGUUAUUUAUUAAUUUAGCUUAAUUGUGAAGUUUUCUGUUAUGACGCUUUGUUUGAAGUUGGACAUAAUUCAAUGUUGUUAAGUAUUAAGAAUUUAAGACGAGUGGCCUAACUACCUGAAUUGACGAGUUUAGAAUCUACGCUGGAUGUCUUUGCUAAAUGAUGGUGGUUAAUGGCUUUGAAUGUUUAAUAAACUGAUAUUUUACGAACAGACAUACCAGCAUGGAGGUUUCUAACUCAUAAUGAGUUUUACAUACAGUGGGCUAUGAAAAAAAAUGAAGCACGAUUUUAAAGAAGCAAAGAAGCAUUUGGUUUACUAGAAAAAUAAGUUGCAUAAAUAGUAUCAAUUCUUAUUGCAUAGGUCUUAAACAUAAAUCAACAUUUACAUCAAAUACUUCAGUAACGAAUAUUUUUUGGCACUAACUUGCCUUAAGUAUUUUCUCAUCUUUUUAAACGAAAGGAAUGAAAAGAAUUUGUAGCAACAUAUAUUUCUAGUAAACUACUGCGUUCGAAUAAAAUGCAAGUACAAAUAGAUAUUGCGUUUUAAGUGAAAUUUUAUGACCGAUGUCCAAAGGAAUAAUGAUGACUUUGAAACAUGGAAAGACGUCACUGUCUUAUGGUGCCUUCACGAGAGGCCUGAAGACUGGGCCCUUUACUGACCGAAAUGUGCGAGCGCCGUCGACACUAAAGUUGACUAGAUGGUCCUUGAUAUACCACUUGCUUUGAUGCGAGAAAUUACCGUAAAACGCAAAGCAAACGCAAAGUUGAUUGCAUUAAAUUGUAGUGUGGGAAAAUGGAUAGUUUGAUAGAUACCUAUUUUUGACGCAAAACGCUACGCGUCUGUGCAUUCGCCUAAAUCCGAGUCUUAAUUCCUGUUCUGCGUACAUUUAACUAACCUGAUUGUGGCAUUAGUUAAGUUUCUGUUUCCGGGUAUUAUAUCAUCGCCCACACUUAACUGUCCAUCGGUGGACCUUAUGCCUUUUUUAAUAAGGAUCAACGAUGUAGCGUAUGUAGGCGAAAAGUUGUAAUUUCGUUUUUGACUGUCACCUUGUAUUCCUAAAUUACGGACACGCAACUAACUCGAAUAGUGUUGUAUUUAUCAUAGUUUUAAGUUAUUAUUAAUUUGAACAUUGGAAAGACGCAUGGUUGUAAAAUUUGCUCAGUGUAUUAAUGACAUACAUUUUCGAACCCAUCAUCAAUAUGUAAGAAUGGAAAGCUCUAUCUUCAUACAUUUAAAAGAAAUAGUUAAUUUGCCCACCGAACACAUACAUUACGUUCAUCGCAGUUACUGAUUGGAGCCACAUUAAUUCAUUAUUUAAAUUAUUAAAAUCCAGGGUGAUUCAGCUAUUCUAGAAAAUCAAAAAUAAAUCCUAAAGUUAUAAGUGUUAUAACUUCAUGAUCGAUUUUUUGCUGGCAAAUUUAAAUCUUUGAGAGUUGAGGGGUAGAAGCAAACAAUAUUAAGAGUUUCACUGCUACUUUUUGCACAUAAAGGCUUGUUCCUAGUAGUCUAUCAAGUCCCUUAAAGACAUGAGUGACUUUCUGGCACCACAAGACCUCCACUAUGCUAUUUAAACAUUAUAAUUUUUGGCACGCCCUGGAUAUAGAUCUCCCUGCAUUUUCUUUAUUAUAAAAACAUACAAAGAGUACAUUUGCGAGACUUGUAGUGAUCAUAAGCGUACGUGUGAUAGAGACUGUGUCCCGAUUAGAGAAAGUAAGAGAAGAAGUUUGAAAGAAAUUGAGAAAUUUGAGAAUAUAAAGGAAAUGUCCUCGAGCGUCAACGAUUUACCAAGACUGAAUUGAACGUUUAAAAAGUAAUUUCUAAACGAUUUUUUUACACGAAAAUCGUUGACUCUCGCAAUUUGAUACACGACAGUUAGAGAAAUUUUAAUGUUAAGAAAAUUUUUAUAUGUCACUUAGAGUAAUUAUUUGUAAGUUAGAACCGGUGGGUGGCCCUAAUCACCAAACGUUUAGAUAUUUAUGACGUCCUUGUAUCGCCUAUCGUUCACCAGUAAUGUAAGGUAAAGCAUCUUAGCGCUUUGUUUCUCGUACAUUAAUUUUGAAAUUUUUCAUUUUGCAAUGACAUUCACAAUAUAUCACUGCCAGAAAUAGGUAAGUCUUGAUUGGUUUGGUGUUUGUAAGAAUCUUAUGAAUUUCAUUAUUUCGUGUGACCAAAUUCAUAAGGUAAAUAGGUCAUUGAUCCCAUUCGCCGGGUGUCCAUACCUUUUGUGAUUUCCUAAGUUAUAGGAUUAUACAUUAUUUUAAAUCUUUGGGUGGAACCUGUCCAAUGUCAUUACGUAUCACUGUCUCAUUAAGCAAAAUGUGAGACAAAAUACACAUUGGACAGAUGGAAUACCAGCCUUUAGCUAUAGAACCUGUCAAUCUAUUAAGUUUAAAUACCAUUUGUUUUAGACUCAAGGUCAAAUGUAACCCAGCAUUGGUUCCGCAUGCCAGUUAAGCGUUUAAUGCAUAUGUCCACAAUGGAGUGUCAAUGACCUUUGAGUCUACACGGAGCUUGAACUACUGGUCGACCUUCGGAUUACGAAUAGUAUUUCAACUACUUAUCGUGCACUUGAUUUCUAACAUUUUCAUGAUAUAGGCUGCUCCCUAAUGGGGCUCCCUUUGUUUGAAAUAAAGUUUUAAGUCAUAAUGUAUUGUUUGUCGUAUUAUCAUUAGUCCUAAUUCUAAAACCGUUAACUUUUCAGGAUUUUCGGAAGGUUAUUCUAUAGAUAGAUUAGCUUUGUUUUAUGGCAAUCCUGAAAAGUUACGCGUUUCUGAAAAAAAAAACCAAAUUAUGACUAACGAAAAUGCGGACAAACAAUACAUUAUGAUUAUGACUUAAAACUUUAUGGGAAACAACAGAGACCCAGGCUAAUGUUGCUGGACAGUAACCUUGGACUAAAUAUAAACUCUUGUUAUUACAGUGUCAGCAGAAGAAAAGAAAUGGUUAUGUGGGUGAGCUUUUCAAAGUAAAAUUAAUAUACCUUUAUUGUUAAGAAAACAAGAGCUUGUUAAUGUUAUUUUUUGGACAACUCGCCCGUUUAGAUCGAUACUUCUGCUGCUGAUUGUGCUUAGAGACUAGAAAAAAAACAUAUAAUUUUCAUACAUGGGUUUUAAGAUAUUUUGAGAGCGAGGUCAACGAGCUAUACAAAAUAUAGCUAUUUGACUGAAACCUCGCAGUGCCGCCAUCUACAUUUUUUAGAUCUGACAAAAAUUCAAAUGACGUCUAAUUUAAAAAAUAAUAAUCAUUACAAUUCUUAUACCAGUUCAGCAACAUCACAUCGCUAUAAUAGUAUUGCUUUCGUAGUUCCUACUCCUGUAUACUUAAUACUAACGCCUCGUGUGAUUCUAACCCUAGUUAAUUGACAUACUUCUAAAGCCUAAUGAUAUCUAAUAAAGUGAAAGUCUAUUGAGACUAGACAUGAAUUAUUAGAACCGUUGUGUGGUAGGUUAUUUUGGGACUAAUGAAACAAACAUCGGUAUACGACUGAAGCUAGUUAUAAUAAUUAUGAAAAAAAAAUGCAGUUGGUCUGCAGUUCCCAUACAAAUUGCAGUCGGGUUGCAGUCCGUCUGUAUCGGCCCUUAGCUUUCUUGUUAGUUGAUACAAUGAUUGUUUCAAUAUGUUUGAAGGUGCUACCAACCAAAUGGUGUUUUAAAAUGUCUCCGCAUAAUUUUACAUACUAAUAACUCUAGGUUAAUUAUAUUAAAUAUUUUAAAUAGAUUAAUAUAUUCCGUUCAAAUUCAAAUAUGUAAUGCAUUUUGUAUUAAGUAUAACCCGUAACUGAUAGAGGGGUAGCACUGAACACUGUUAACCGCGGUUUGGUUAGAGUUAGUAUGAUUUUUUUGAUGUAGCUACUUUUGCAGAAUUAUGCCUCGAAUACACAAGCUAAGCCGCUUGACUAAACUACUGACGCCAAGUUUUAUAGUCUUUAGACUUAGUCGCAUUCACGUGGCUUUCUCAUGUAAUUGUAUCUUACACCUAUCUGGGAGAACAUUAACUAGCUUUAAGUACUUUUAUAUCCAAUUAUAACAUAGACAAUUAACUUUUUUUUUACAUGUGUAAAAUGAGAAUCAAAUUGAUAACAAAAAUAAAGCGUAAAAUCAUCUAGUUAAGCUUAAUGCUGAAACUGUAAUGUCUAGACUAGAGUUAAAUUUUGACUUUGGACUGAAGUUUUUUACUAAAAUCAGUCUUAUGGUCUGGGUUAAUGGGUUUAUAGCUAAGAUAAAAUUUGGUUUGACGUUCACUACUAUCCUGCAGCAAUUCAAAACGCCCCAAACUCGCUUAUUAUUGUUAUAUGAUUUAAAAAAACGUUCAAAUAUGUAGUUACUAGAAUAAUACACAUUAUUCAUAUUCUGUAAUAAACCAUGAAAUAUUGGAGGAUGGCAAACUUUCGAAUUUUAGACCUUUUUAGUUUUGUGUAUAAUUUACAAUACAACAAGCUAUCACAUUACUAGAUUACCUAAUUUGCGAAGUUUUGUCGCCAAAUUACCUAAUUAGUAAUCAUGUUAAAAUGGACUAUUUUUGUAUAAUGAAUAGAUUUUUUAGACCACCUCAAGCUAAGAUCACCCAAGACAAAAUAAACACAGAAGUUAGGGUUCGAUUACACAUUACACGAAUUACGUAGCGAAGGACUAAGAUAAGUCGAAACCUACGUCAGUCAAAUGGAAAAGGCUACUGUAAUCGUGCCUUUAUUUUUGUCUGUAGAAUAAUGUUUUCUUGAACAAUAUUUAAUUUACAGAAGUGUUUCUUACUUUUUAACAUAGAUGUAAUUUAUUUAAUAUAUGAAUUGUUUUUGUCAAGGGCAGUUUAUUACGAGGCUGGUAUUUGUUUGUUAAUGAAUAUGAGAUGAAACAAAUGCCGAUUGGAUAUUACAUUUUACAUUUAGCAACAGUAUUGUUAUGGUUAAUUUCCUACUUAGCGGUGUUAUGAGACUUAUUUAUUUUGGAAUAAGGGCACCGUGCACUGCCCAAAUAAUAAUCAGUAGUGAUUGAGUGAAAUAUAAAAAUAAUGAACUUUGA